AUGUUUAUAAUCACGAGGCUUUCUCAGCAUGUUUUGUUAGGAGUGAAUGACCUCCUAAUCGAUAUUAAAGAUCCCACGGCACUACAGGACGGCGACAUACUUCAAGUCAGCGUACAUGCGAGUCGCCGUGAUCCCGACGUGGUGAACUUCGGUUUCUCUACGCAAUUGAUUUUCCGCGGCAAAGAAAAAACCUAUAAGGUACUGCCGCCGAGACCUGGGGUAGCUAGCGUCGACCCUCUCUGUCGCGACUUGUCUACAAAGGUUGCUGUCAUCGUCAAAAAAAGAUCGCACGGCUCUCAAAGGCCCGGACCACCGGCCGAGGCUGACGCCUUGAGCCGUUUGUGGAAAGGUGUCACAACGAAGGAUCCUGCGCGACUACCACUGAUUGUGGGCUUAUACGAUAAGUGGUGGGAUGAAAAGGCUCAUUAUGUUGUUACUCGUGUUGACAAGUACGUUGGCAAUAUAAAAGGACUGGUCUCUUACAGGGAGCUUUUCGAUGAAGUUGGCCUGAUGGAGUCAUUCGUGCGCGGCAUCGCUCGUCAAGUGCUCCAGGCGUUGCGCUUCAUUCACGCUCGGGGAGAGAUUCACUGUGGUCUAAGACCAAGCAGCAUCCAGCUCUUUAGGUCCGAAGAGCUCAAGGACGAGAUCAAAGCCAUCGUCGCUGACUUCGAGCACUGUGUACCUGCGUCGGCUUCUGAGCGACAGAAUUCAGUGGAGAUAGCCUUGUCGGGACGUCUCGAGUACACCGCUCCUGAGAUACACUGCUCGCCGCGAGCCGACAUCUGGGCUUUCGGUGCCAUCAUUUUUUUCGCGCUCGCCGGCGUCAAAGCUUUCGAUGAAGCAGAUGCUCCCGACAUGCUUGAAAAGGCUGAAAGUGGGCAUCACUGGAGUACGUUAAUGACUCGGAGACCGGGAUUGAGCGCCGAUGCGCUAAGCUUUUUGAAGCAAUGUCUAACCGUCGACGUCGCAGCCCGCCCAACGGCCGCGGAAAUGCUCGAUCAUCCAUGGUUGAGCUCCUCUGAAGGCGGCGCUUUCACACCGGCUUCACAUCCGACCCCGUCACAAGCCGAGUCACAGGCGUCUCCCCCGGACGGUGCCCUCCCCGGAGACGUCAUCACACCAAGACAACAGGCGCUGCUGGUAGCCAUAGGUGACAACGUGCACCAACUUGUGGAGGAGGAAAGUCGCCGAGCAGAAAAGAGAUCGCGUAGCGUUGACUCGGCUCUCGGCACGUCGAAACGGCCUCGUUCGGAAAGCUACGCUGCAGGUAGUUGGUUAUCACUGUCAGGCCUUUUUGGGCGUGGGCCGAGCGCUUAG